UUUUUUCUCUGGCCAAGGUCGCUCGCUGCGGUCAGGGAUCUUUGCUGGAAUGCAGAGAUUCACUUUCCUCCAUUUAUGUGCCCGCGUUCUGCGAGCCUGUCUGUGUCCUCUGCAUGCAACUGAGUUGUCCUUCUUGCCAGGGCUCCCGCCAGUCUUCUCUCUUCUCUCAAGUAGCCUGGAGAAGAAGAAAUGUCUUCCUUUUCCUCGCGGUCGUUCGUCUGUAGAGUUCGCAUCCUCCCGCCUGCCGAGGGAGAGGUGUCUUGAGUGCGUUGUGACCAUGUCCAAACAAGACAGUGCAAAGAAAGAAAAACGCAGGGCAUUUUCCCUCAAGUUUACUUUCACAUGCGUUGAAUCUCUCCACUCCUCAGUCUCUGCUUCUCCUCUCUCCUUCUUCUAUGAUGUCCUCUCUGGAUCUCUUCUGUGAGAACGCUCUAGUCUGUGCCGCUUGUGCAAAAGGGAACCCCAGCGGCAGGUUCGCUUCUUCGUGUCUUUCCUCCCUGUCCCGGUAUUCAUUCUCUCUCCCUUUCCUCAUUUCUCUCCAAGUCGUCUUCUCUCUUUCUCAGUGCUACUGUUUCUCCUAGUCGUCUCUCUGCGAACGCCGUUCCACUUUCCCUCUGUCUUCCGUUUCUCCUCUUUCUCGCUUUGCCUUUCGACCCUCUCUACCUCGUCUUCCUCUUUUUCUGCUGUUCUCUGCCACUCCUUUCUCUUCUCUGUCCUUCCUUUCUUCUCUUUUUCUCUCUUCACCUCUUCUCGCGAAGUAAACGGAGACGCUGCAGGACGACGAUGUCCGCAGUGUUACCCCAGUUGUGAGAUGUACACACAGCUGAGUUCUUUUGACUGCAGACUGCGGCGCCACCACACUGGACUUCUGCAUGCCCUCGAACCGCCCCGCAGUGCGAUUCCUUCCUCAUCCGGCUGUAUCUGAAUCUCUUUUUUCUGUGUACCUCAUUGCUCACGUCUCUCCCUUUUUUUCUCACCUCGUGAAAGACGGCUCUCCUUCGCCUCGCGUAGUCUCUUGGCGGACUGGAGGUGGGCGGUCUUUUGUCUGCGAGAAAGCAGAGCUCCACUAGUCCCCAACUUCGUCCGGUCCCGCUGGCAUCGGUGUGUCUUCAUUUGCAACACAGCUCCGGUAAAAAGAAAACGACGCGAAAACAACAGAGUGCAACAGCACACACAGAGAGGCCUUGUCCCGCCUCUUGCCUCGCUCAGCGCCGUUUCGAAGGCAGAUCUGGCGCUCGCACCUCUUUCUGCUUGCAAGGUGGAUUUAUCUUGUCUUUCGUUUCCCUCUCUGGAGAAAAAACGGGCACAAAUCCGUCACUGUUCGUCUAGGCAGAGAGACGCAAGGGUCCUGCGCAGGCCGAAGUCGGCGAAGCUCUGUUCUCUGUCUCUUUUCCGAAUGCUUCAGUCGCUGCUGGGUCGUUUCGGAGGAAAAUGGGGGGACCUCCCCUCCUCGUUCGGCUUCGUCGUGGGCGAAGAGGUUCCCCUGCCGUUCGCUCUGUCUUGCGGCUUUCUCCUCUUCACUUGCACGCGAAAGAGCGACGGCUUGCCAGCUUCUCUGUUCCUUUUGAAGAAGAAGUCCGACGCGAAGCAGUCGACGGGAGCUGUCCAGUUUCCUUCCGAUGUGCCUGCUGGCCGCAGCCACUUGCAGCGCGCAAAGACGCUGCUGCACCCCGACGUCCUCAAAACUCUCGAAACCUACGAAAGCGAGUCUGCGCUCUACGUCGUGACAGAGCAGUGCUGGCCACUGCCCCUUCUGCUGGGCAGACAGCCGAGCCGCGAGGCGCGGUCCGCGGGGCGCAUGCAACAGGGCGCACACCCGGCUGGCAACGGGGUCACUGAGGCGAGGGACGGAGACGAAGAGCGAAACGCGAAAGAGAGAAGGCUCGCGGAAGCCGAGCGAGAAGCCGCCGCCGCUGCAUGCGUCGCCGACGUCGUCUGGGGCAUCUAUCAGGUCACCAGCGCCGUCGCGUUUCUUCACGAGUCCUGCAACUUGCUCCACGGCCUGGUCAACCCCCUCAGUGUUUUCGUCACCGCCAACGGAAGUUGGCGUCUCGCAUGCAUGGAACUCGUGCGACCCGCGACGUCGCCGCCAGCGGCGCUGAUUGGCGACGCUCGGCGCAGCGCCGCUGCCCUCCAGGGCUGGCAGCCGCCGGAGCGUGUGCCUCCUGGCCUCCCUGCUCAGUGGAUCGACUGGUGGGGGUUGGCUUCCGUGGUGGUUUGGACCUACGCGACGUUGUCUGGCAUGUCUCCGCCCGCGCCGUCCAGCUCUUGUUUUUCUUCGUCGCUCACACGAUUCACCAAUGCAAGCUACGGGAGUUCGUUUGGGAGUCUCUUCGAUCUCUCCGCUUCGUCAGUGUCUGCGCAAGCGCCGCUGCUGUCUGCGACGUCUAGACAGCUCGUGGACCGCCUGCUGCGUAGUUCGCCGUCUCCACGUUUUCUCUCCGAUCUGUUGAAGAGCGACGCCUUCUUCAACUCGAGUUGCACCUGCAGCUGUUUGCUCUUUCUCCGAGAAGUCCACGUGAAAGGCGCGUACGAGAAAGAAACGUUCUUCGAGCAAGAACUCCCCCGAAUGCUUCAGGCGCCUGUACCCAACGGGCCGGGAGAAGCGAGCGGCGAGUCUCCCCUCCCGCGCGCUGUUCAGGAACAACAGAUUCUCCCCGAACUCCUCAAACUUCUUGAUCCCAGUGUAUCCCGAAGCUUUGCUCCAGAGCUGGCGAGUCACGGCGACGGCGCAUGCGUUGCAAGCAGCUUGGUUCCCGCCGUCGUCGGCUGCGUCGCCUUGGUUGCGUCUGGAAUAAAUCCCGAAAAAGAACGCGAAUCUGUGCAAGUCCAACGGCUACGAAAUGUCCUCGAAAAACUCUUUAAAUCCAGUGACAGAGCGAUUCGCUACACGCUGUUGACUUCUUUUCCGGUCCUCGACCCCCUGAUGCCGAGGUGUCUGUACACACGAAUUUUUGACAGUCUGAUGCUCGGUUUGCUCGACUCUGCUCUCGCCAUUCGAGAAGCUACUGUCAAAUCUCUCGUCCUCGUCUGUGCGAAAAUUGGAGACGACAGAAAGACACUGCAGACUUGCCUCGACCAGCUGCUGCGCCUGACGGGAGACGAAGAGGGACUUAUUCGCACCAACGCAUGCAUUUGCGCAGCGAAGAUUGCGUGUCUGCCUCAGACGGUUCCUCUCUUCAAGAAGCAUCCUGAUCGUCUUCUCCAGCUGCUUCAACAGAUUUUCCUCUCCUCUCUCAAGGACAGCUUCUCGCCUUGCCGCCAGGCAGCACUCCAGUCUGUGAGUCACUGCCUGGGUCUCUUUCCUCUGCAUGCGCUCGUCCAGUCCCUGCUUGCGGGGGUGGGGGUGGCGACUCUCGACGAAGAAGAUUUGUCUGUCUCUGAUAUGGCGGUGGAGACUCUGAAGCAAAUCGUUGUCGCGGUGGAGAAUAAAGUCAAGGAAAGAAACGCCACUCGAGCGGGAAGAGGAGACCUUCGGGACUCUCUUCCGACGCAUGCAAAUCCCCAAGACGCGAACAGUGGGGGUGCGACGCUGCCAGCCUCAGACAGCGGCUGGUUCGGCGCAAUGGCUAAAACGAUGAAGGCCUCCCUCGCGAGUGUUCGAGGCGCAGGAGACGACGCCUCAAGUAAACUUGACUUCCGAGCCAGUCCCUCUCCUUCCCCUUCUUCCUCCUCUGCGCUUGCUCCUUAUUCUUCUGCGUCUUCUUUCUCCUCCGCCUCUUCGUUUCCAAAUCCACCUCAGCGCCCGCCGCCUCCGUCGGAGCCUCCCAAGUCUGUCGCAGCUUCUGCUGCCUUUUCUUCUCGCGUCUCGACUUCUUCUCUGGCUCUGGAUGCAGCGAGAGGAAAGCCUUCUGGGGGGGCAGGACUUGGCACAAGGGAAGCCACUCUCACUCUCGCAGACGACAAGGCCUUCCACGACGCCGCUGAUACCAUCAAUGCGUGGGUCGAAGACGACGAAGAAAUCUCGGUCGACUGCUGGGACGCUGUCGGUCUCUCGAGUUCUUCUCGCGGCCCUGCCGCGCCGACGCAGCCGUCUUUCUCUUCCUUCGGUUGCCCGAGACCAUCUCCUCCUCGCGUCUCUCCUUCGACUUCUCUCCCGUCUCCUGCUGCUGUUCCUGCAUCUGGAAACUCGAGUGCACUUCACGGAGAGGCCUCAGCUGUCUCCCACAACUCGUCUCGGUCGACGGCGUCGUUUGCCUCUGGCGCGGCGUCAACUCGCAAGCAGCUUUCCUCUUCUGGAGGAAGCGCGUCGCUCGCUGCGGUUUGUGGUUCGACUUCCGCGGCUUCUCUGUCUUCGACGAUAAGCCGAGGAAACGGUGUGACGCUCGCACGAGACAGGAUGCGAGGCGACGGGUGUGAGAAGAAGGAGGCUGCCGCCUUCGCAGGCGACGAUGACUUCUUCGCGGAGGUGGAGAGAGAAUUGCAAAGGGAGAGAGAUUAACAGCGCAGAGAAGGACCGGAACAUCGGAGGCGCAGCAAGAGAGAUCUUCAAAGUGAGAGAGGUGAAGAAGAAAAGGAAACUGGAUGCCACGCAAGAGAGGUAGAAAGGAGGGAGAUUAACAGAAAGAAGAGAAACAGAAAGAAGAGGAAGCGAAGAAGAGAGAUUCGAGAAGAACGCGAGAAGGACAGGGAGAGAGGUGGAGCGACAGGGGAGAGAGGUGGAGCGACAGGGAGAGAGGAGCAAAGCCAGGAAAAAGGGGAAAACAGAGAAUGAAGAGAAGGACGCGGGAGGCAGAGAGGAGACGAGGACGCAGGUUAAAGAGGUGUAAGAGAUGCCAGACCCGAUGGACAUGGCGCAUGCAUUGCAUAAAACUGAAAAAUGGAUCCUGAGAGAAGAAAACGCCUGCAGAGAAGAGAGGAAAAGAAGGAACCUUGAAGAACCACGAAGGAUGUUCUUCGUAUCCAAGAGGCUACAGCCUUUCAGCGGAGAUGCAGGUGCUGAAGAGGAAAAGAAGCGCGUCGGGGAGUCUCCCUCGGGGCUGCGUCACUGGAAAGACAGAGACUAAAAGGUCGCGACUUUCAGCAACAACGUCACGUUUCUGUGUUCCUUGAGUCGUUUGUGUCAUCCGACGAGAGAAAAGGCAGAGAG